AUGUUCUUCUUGAAAACGCUGGACCACCGCACGGAGCUGCAUCCGUCCUUCUUCGGCCCGUCUAUGAUUGAGUUCCUCAAUCGCAAGCUCCGCGAUGAUGUCGAAGGCACAUGCUCUGGAGUAUAUGUGCGUACAUACAAAUCUAUGCGUCUGAUGUUAAUACUUGAAUCACAGGGUUAUAUUAUCAAGGUGGUGUCGGUGCUCGAUGUAGGUCAGGGCAAGGUAAUGCCGGGCACAGGUCUGGCUGAAUUCCGCAGUCGAUAUCAGGCGAUUGUACUAAAACCAUUUAACGGCGAAGUCGUUGAUGCUAAAAUCACCAACGUGAACAAAAUGGGAUUUUUUGCCGAAGUCGGGCCAUUGAGUAUUUUUGUCUCUUCUCACUUGUUGCCUAUCGAUUACAAGUUUCAUCCAGAUUCGAAUCCACCUGAAUUUACAUCGCCUACAGAUAGUCUUGUGAAAGGUCGGCGCGUUCGUGUACGUAUUGUGGGUACUCGCGUGGAUGCCAAUGAGAUUUUUGCUAUUGGCACGAUGAAAGAAGACUACCUUGGUCCAUUCGAUUAG